CUGGCUCUAGCAUUGGCUGUGGUUUCAGGAUCAGUUAGUCAUCUGCUGCUGCUGCUACGAGUCACGACAGAGCCCAGCUUAUACAAGCCUCCUCCUUUUCCAAGACAAGCAGGAGGAAAAAAGGUGGGGGAGAGAGAAAAGGGUAACCACAGGAUGAGGGGGCUUGGGCAACUGUUUCUUCCCAUAUUCUUCACCCUCGUCCUCAUAGUUCAUUUGAAGGACACCAUGUCCUCUGCUCUGCCUGGCAGUGCCCACCAAACAGAGCCCCCCCUCACCAGUGGGAGCCACCAAGGCCUCGCCUGCAUUGGGUGUGUGCUUGUUACAUCAGUAAUUGAGCAGCUUGCUCAGUUACACAACUCAACAGCAAAAGCAGCUUUGGAGAGACUAUGCAACUACAUACCUGAAAAACUUCACUUUCAGGAUAUCUGUUAUUUGGUUGCUGAAAUUUAUGGACCAGAACUAGUUAAACUGAUGGAGCACAAAAUGAAUGCUGAUGUGGUGUGCCAUUCCAUGAAGCUAUGUAAACAGGAUGCAGGUCAACCACUUUGUCAUCUGUACCCUCCCCCUAAGCUGGGGCUAAAUGCUGCUCUAAGAAAAGCAAGAAGGAUUGUCAGGAAUUCUGAAGUCCUGAAAAGUAUAACUGUUUUUUCAAGUGUAUGUAAACUUCCCCCCCUGGUUAAGCUGUGUGAGAAGAUUAAAUAUGCCAUAAAAAAUCAGUUGCCUUUUGAAGACUUUGAUGGAGAUAAAUUUAGUGCCUUCCCAACAUUGAGGGGAUAUCAUUGGAGAGGCAGAGACUGUAAUGAAGGAAAUGCAACAGUGUACCCUGGUAGACGCCCACAUGACUGGGAUGUGGAAAGUGACACUAACUGUAAUGGCAUAUGGGGUGUAGAUCCAAAAGAUGGAAUUCCAUAUGAGCAUAAAUUCUGUAAAGGUGCAGAGUCCAAGGGGAUCAUUCUAUUGGGAGACUCAGCUGGAGCUCACUUUCACAUCCCUCCUGAAUGGAUGACAGCAGCACAGAUGUCUGUGCAAGUAUUUUCUGAUCUUCCACUGGCUUUUACCAAUGAGCUUGACUGGCCCCAGUUUUCAGGGAUCACUGGAUUUCUGAACUCCACCAUUGGAGGCUGGACAGAAUCUCUAUACUUAUAUUUACGUAGAAGAAACCUCUGCAAUCAUAGAGACUUCCAGAAUAUUUCCAAAAAUGGUGGUUCCUCCCAUAAUCUCCUGGACUUAAUGAAAAGCUUGGCUAGAGAUCAUGUCUUGGACAAUCCAGCCAUAGUUAUCUAUUCUGUAAUUGGGAAUGAUGUCUGCAAUGGGAGACCUGACACAGUGGCUUACAUGACAACACCAAAGCAAAUGCACUCCAAUGUCAUGGAAGCGCUACAGUAUCUAGACUCUCAUCUUCCCAAAGGGAGCCAUGUGAUUUUAAUGGGCUUGGUAGAUGGUGGCUUUCUGUGGGAUCAUUUACACAACAGAUACCAUCCUCUUGGUCAGCUAAAUAAAGAUGUCACAUAUAAACAACUUUAUUCAUUCCUAAGCUGUCUUCGAAUCAGUCCUUGCAAUGGCUGGAUGUCUUCAAAUGAAACCCUCAGGAACUUCGCAUCAGAGAGAGCUUUACAACUUUCCAAUGUCCUGAAAGAAAUAGCAAGAUCUGAGAAGUUUGCCAGCUUUGAUAUUUUCUAUAUGGAUUUCCCACUGAAGAAAAUUGUUGAGGAAUGGCGCAACCUUGGAGGGGAGGCCUGGCAGCUGAUAGAACCUGUCGACGGAUUCCAUCCUAAUCAGAUUGCUACAGCACUUGGGGCAAGAAUUCUCUGGCAGAAGGCAUUACAUGAAUGGCCUCAAAUGCUUGGAAAAGAGAAUCCAUUCAACAGUCAGAUUGAAGCUAUAUUCAGAGAUCAAGGAGGACACUGAGUUCAGAAUUGCUUGAGCCAUGCAGCAUUAUUCUUUCCUAUAUGCUCCAUAUUCAGGGGGGGCAGGGGAGGGGAGGGGGUUGCAUCCUGAAACAAGAUACAAACCAAAGACAGUCUUUUUUGGAUCAGUGUAACAGCAGAAAGAGCCAGUAAGUGCAAGAAUAACAUAAAAGCGCUUAUCUACUGAAAAGCCACAUACCCAAUUGAGCAAUCUACACUUUAGCUUUGGUUAUGCAUUUGCUGUGGAGCUAUGAAUAUAAAUCAAAGGAUGUUUGCCCGUAGGGCUGCUUAUCACAUCAGUUUGAAAAUCCAAAAAUGCUUAUUCUGUACAUAGCAAAUUCCAAAACCUACCUCAAGUUCCUUUUGUGAGAGCAUGUUUCUGUUAUUUCCCAUUGCAGGAGUGGCCAACCUGAAACACGUGUCACAAGUGUCACAGGUGGUUUCAGUAUGCAGCAGACCAGAGAAACAGCACAGUGGCAAAUAGGGCAGAAAGCAGAGCAGCAGAUGAGACAGAGAACACAGGGAAUGAAGCAAAAAGCAGAGUACCAGGUUGGAUAGGGAGCAUAGAUCAGGAAGUGGUGGGAGCUAAUGUGUGGCACACCCACCAAGAUUAGCCCCCACUGUCCCAUUGUAUGGGCCAAUAGGUAAACCGGACCCAACAGAACUCAUUGGAUGUUGACAUAAAAUGCGUACAUAUGAUGAUUGCUAUGACUGCUAUUUGCUUAUUACGAUGUGCCAGAAAUGACAGCAAAUGUGAAAUAAUACUGCCAAAUGCAAAUUCUGAUUGGGCAGGGAUAUUUUUUUUUAAUUAAUAAAUAGCAACAGUAAUUCCAAUCCUUCCUAAGAAGCUUUUUUCAAUUGCAAAAAAAAAACAGUCUUGCCUUAAGAUGUAAUAAUACUGGUUACAUUAUUUGCAAGCUGCCAUCCAUAGCCAUUAAGUCAGACAAAAUAUUGAUCCCAGCUCUGCAGCUUUUACUCGCAAUAACUUUAGGAACCACAGAAGUUAAUGGAAUUUCUCGGUAAGUAAACUGACUAAGGGCCCAGUGAGUAAAUAACAGAGCAGGGAUGAAAUCACUGGUAGUAGUUAUAACACUGUUACAUUUGUCACGUGUUCCCCCCGCCCCCAUCUUAAACACAAAUCAAGAGAUAGAUUAGACAUAAGCCAGCCCAAUGAAGUGUUUGCCACUUUCCUUAUUCCAUCAUCAUUAGACUACAUAUUUGCAGCACAAACCAGAUGAGAAAAGCUUGCUGUACACAAGUGAUAGCAUAUGAUUUAGUCUGUGGAGCUACACCAAGUGCAGGCUUUGUUUGAUCGUAUUUCUGCAAACUCUGGGCUAGGGAAUAUCUGUUAGUUCUACCUUUGCAUGGUGCUUUGCACAUCUGUGACAAAGGUUCCUUUGCGCUGUUGUAAUACACAGUAAAUAACAUGGCCUGAUCUUGCAACAUUCUGAAUAUGUUCAGGACUGUGCAGGUGCUGUGUGAACAGGGCCAGACAAGCAUGGGCGAACCAGGCGGUCGCCUGGGGCCCGGACAGAAAGGGGGCCAGAAAAUGGUAAUUUUUUAAUUAUUAUCAUUAUCUCUGGCAAAGUGGGGCCCAAUAAUAAAAGUUUGCCUGGGGUCUCCAGGAACCUAGGUACAGUACUGUGUGUGAGUUGACACUAUCAGUCCAUUUAGGAGCAGAUACCCUAGCCCUACUUCUCUCCUGAGCUCUUCCAGCUUCAUUUCCCUCCUUCCCUUCCCGCUCCUUCCCCACCAUUAGUCACAUGGGACUGCAGGAGCUCCCUUGUGCCUAGGGAGAAAUGUGAACCAGCAGCAUAGAAAAACCCAACUUGUCUCUAACACUGUGUGUGUUUAUUUCUUAUUUUGCUUCUUGUAUUACAACUGUUUGCACCCACCCUGCAGUUCUGGGAUGAAAGCCAAGGUGAAGAACUGUUCAGUUGUCAACAUUGUUCACAUUUACACUCACCUAACAUUGUUGGUUAUAAUUCAUUACAAUUUUUUUUAGAUUUUUCAUUGUUUCAAGGUAUCAGUUAACUUGUUUGUUUUUGUAAUUAUCUAACCUAAUGAAGAUUAAAGCCUCUCUCGUUACUGUUCUAAUAAAUUAAUGCUUAAAAUUCUUA